AUGACAGUAUUACCCCUACUGGACUCCAUUAAGUAUUUGUAAGUUUUACGCGAAGAUGGUGAAGACGCGGUACAGAGAUAAAUGCGUUCUAUGUAUUUUACGCAUUUCUUUAGGCUAUAGAUAACUGCUAAAACAUAAGUUUUAAGUGCGUCUGUUACUUUUUUUGGAGAUACGCGGUCCCAUCUGAUACUUUUAAAGAAUUAGUUUAUCACGAAAUGGAAUCUUUUCACUGCUGAAGGGGUUUUGAAAUGGGGACAAUUCAUCCACUUGAAGUAGGACUGGAGAAUCAGGUGAAUAUAUCCGCCUUUGCCAACAUAUCAGCACCAACACCAGGACUUUCCGAUGCGCCCCUCUCCUCUUUCGACACAUUAAUCACAUCCAUACUCGGUACAGUUUUGACUGUCAUGUGUUUAAUCGGCGUUAUCGGAAACGUUUACACUCUUGUCAUCAUGAACAUCUCAGUCCGGGUAACGGGAUCGAUGUACGUCUACAUUGUGAACUUGGCACUCGCAGAUCUCCUGUACCUCUCCACCAUACCUUUCGUGGUCUGCACGUAUUUUAUGAAGGACUGGUACUUCGGCAACAUCGGCUGUCGUGUUUUAUUCAGUCUGGAUUUCCUCACCAUGCACGCCAGCAUCUUUAUCCUGACCAUCAUGAGCACGGAGAGAUAUCUGGCUGUGGUGAAACCUCUGGACACUUUCGGUCGCUCCAGGCGCUACAGACGCGCGGUCACCUGUCUGGUGUGGCUCGUGUCUUUCAUAUUGGCUCUGCCGACCAUGAUCAUGAUCGACCUCAAGAGAGACAAGGAUCAUAACGGCGUGGAGAAACGCAUGUGCCACCCGACCUGGCAGAUUACGGCGUACAAGGUGUAUUUGACUGUCCUGUUCAACACCUGCAUCCUGGCACCUGGAUUCAUCAUCGGUUACCUCUAUCUGAAGUUAGCCAAAACCUAUUGGGUAUCUCAAACUUCUGCAUUCUCAUCCACGGAAAUGAAUAAAUGUCCCAAGCAAAAGGUGUUAUAUAUGAUACUUGGCAUAGUUCUUACCUAUUGGGCAUGCUUUUUACCCUUCUGGUUGUGGCAGUUACUCAGUAUUUAUUAUUUUGGGCUUGGUGGGCUGUCCAACAGUACAGUGGUGUAUGUCAACUUUGUUGUGACUUGUUUGGCAUAUAGUAACAGCUGUAUCAAUCCUUUCUUGUACACAUUGUUGACAAGGAAUUAUCAGGAAUACGUGAAAGACAGGCAGAAGAGCAGCAUGCCAUUUAAGAGAAGAUUCAGGGAGUCAUCUCAAAGGUCAGUGUCAUCUGGGAGUCAACAGUUGACUAAUACGCAGCAAUUUUGAUUCUUAAAGCAACUUUUGAUAUUUGUACAUGGCAAUCUCCUUUAUUCCAAUUGCGUAAUUUAUUAGACAGAUAUGUAAUUAAAAGACCAUAUAUCUAUAUCCUACAUAGUGCUUAACAAUCCAUAAUCACAGGCAUAAUAAUGAAUGGUAAUAUUUUGCACUAUAUGCUGUGUAUGUUGUACAUCCAGUGGUAUGUUCUUUAGAUUUUUUAUUAUUAUGGCUUCGUAUAUUAGUAAAAUGAUGAUGUGGCUUUGGUUCUUGAAAAUUCAAAGGUUUAUGUUCAAAAGGAACAUAAAAUUAUUCAGGGUCAUUUAAAAUCUCUGCUUUUUUGUUAAAUUAAAAUGUGUGUAUUCCAUAUGUAUUAAAGCCUGCAUUAAUGUCUUUUUAUUAUAUUUACAAAUAUGUAACAUUACUCUACUGUAUACAAACACAUUGUGCUGACGUAUAUGUCCAUGCAUAACUUUAUAGCUACUUUCUCAUUUUCUUUUAAAGCAUUGAUACUUUGUUUAUUGGAUUUUGUCAACACACUACUUUUUUUUGUACAUAUUUAUUUUGUUUUUGAACAUAAAAUAUACAGAACCUUAAUUUAGUUUGAUUUUUUAAAUAUUUUUUUCUUUGUUUUAUUUUUGUUAUCCAUCUCCUUGUUUACAUAUAGGUAAAAAAAUCGGUAACACUUUACAAUAAGAUUUAUUAGUGAACAUUAGUUAAUGUAUUAACUAACAUGAAUAAACCAUAAGCAAUACAUUUAUUAGCAUUUAUUCAUCUUUGUUAAUGUUAGUUAAAAGAAAUAAAUCUGUUCAUUGUUUGUUCAUGUUAGUUCACAGUGCAUUAACUAAUGUUAACAAGAUUUUAAUAAAGUAUUAGUAAUUGUUGAAAUUAACAUUAACAAAGAUGAAUAAAUCCUGUAUAAGUGCAGUUCAUUAUUAGUUCAUGUUAACUAAUGAACCUUAUUGUAAAGUGUUACCCAAAAAUCUAUAUGUAAACUUUUCUGAACAUUUUAAUUUUUUUUCCAGCAGAAAGGUGUUUUUAUUAUUUUUGCUUUUGCUGAAACAUUUCCAAAAUUAUACCUUUCACCCCAUCAUGGAAAUAAAAUAAAUGAUGCAUGGUUAAGAAUUUCCAUAGUGUCCUGUGAAUGAGACAUAUACUAUUCAAGGUCUGACUGUUACUUCCGCUGAGUAAACGUUAAGUGCUAAGCAGUGAGCCGUUAAAGCGUUUUCAGCAAUUAAUACAUGCUCACGCUACCAACAAACAAAUGCUUAUAGUUGCUGUAAAGCAUUUACCCUGUGCUGCUUUCCAUAAAUACCUCACUAAACUGUGAAGGACACUCAUGCACCCUUAACAAGCUGUUCUCGUGAAUUAUAUAAAUGGUCAAGUGAUAAGACAAAUAAUAAGCAGAAUUUACACACACACACACAC